UUACUUCUUCUUCCAUGGCAGCCUGGGUUUAGCUAGCGUAAAACCGUCAGCGUUUGAUCAUUUGCCUUCGUACUUUCGUUGCAAGUUUGCAACGUCUCGAAGCCCAAAGUGACGUUUCAUUCUCUUACCGUGUCUUCUCUCUCUCUCUCUCUCUCUCGCUGGUGACGGACUUGUGAUCGGAGUUAGGGCACAGGUCAGAUCGGACGGCCAUGGCGUCGCAGGCGCAUCUCGACAAGAUGACUCUCCGGCAGAACUACCGGAACCUUUGGCACACCAAUCUCAUGAGCACCAUUCAAGCUGACACUCCCUAUUGUUGCUUUGCGCUAUUGUGUGGCCCAUGUGUAUCAUACUUGUUGCGUAAACGAGCUCUUUACAAUGACAUGUCUAGGUAUACAUGUUGUGCUGGCUAUAUGCCAUGCAGUGGGAGGUGUGGAGAAAGCCGAUGCCCAGAAUUUUGUCUUUGUACUGAGGUUUUCCUGUGCUUCGGAAAUUCAGUUGCCUCAACACGCUUUCUGUUGCAAGAUGAAUUCAACAUUCAGACAACACAAUGUGAUAACUGCAUUAUUGGAUUUAUGUUCUGCCUCCAACAAUUGGCCUGUAUAUUUUCCCUUGUGGCUAUGAUUGUUGGCAGUGAUGAAAUUCAAGAAGCUUCACAAAUAUUGUCAUGUUUGUCUGAUAUGGUUUAUUGCACGGUUUGUGCAUGCAUGCAGACACAACACAAGAUUGAAAUGGAUAAGAGAGAUGGUAAGUUCGGCCCACAGCCAGUUAUGGCAGUGCCUCCAAUGCAGCAGAUGUCACGCAUAGAUCAAGCAACUCCUCCGUCAGUUGGGUAUCAGCCACAACCAGCAUAUGGGCAGCCCUAUGGCUAUCCUCCACCACCUCAAGCCCAAGGAUACCCACCACCUGCUCAAGCUCAAGGAUAUCCUGCUGCUGGCUAUCCCCCGUCUGGGUAUCCUCCUCCGGCUGGCUAUCCCCCUCCAUCUGGCUAUCCCAGGUGAUCUGGACUACGACGCUUGUUUUUGAAGUUGACAUGCUUCUUAAUGCGGCUGCUGUAUCUGUCUCUGUGAUAAUGAGCACAUUUGUGGUUUCCAUUUUAAUUACCAAAUAAAAAGGUUUCCAUUUGGUUUUCGGUGACUAGACUUUGACAUAAACGAUACAUGCUGCUUUUAUUGGCAAGGAUGUGAUAAAUUGCGUGUUUAUCAUCAUUGUAAUUAUCAUAUUUGAACAGAUUAUUCACACUCUGUUGCAUCUCCUCGAAAUUUUCUUUGGUAAUUAGUUUGCAUUUUUGUUGAGU